CAAAAUGAUGUGCUUGCUUACACGUCAAAAGAUUGUCUACGAUUUUUAAUAAAAUGUUCGCUAUUUAUCGCUAAAAACAAUUAAUUAAUUAUCUUGUUAGUGUAAAUAUUGGCUACGCAACAUUUAGAGUUAUUUAAUGUGCAAACGGUGUACGUAAACAUUCCUUAAAAAUAGCAACUAAUGUUUUAAAAUAGCGUAAGCUUAUCAGAAAUGGGUGGUCUAUUUAGUUACUUUAGAGGGCUGUUGGGCGCGCGGGAAAUGAGGAUUUUGAUUCUCGGUUUAGACGGCGCCGGGAAGACGACAAUUCUAUAUAAAUUGCAAGUUGGUGAAGUUGUGACCACCAUUCCGACCAUCGGGUUUAACGUAGAACAAGUGACAUACAAAAACCUCAAGUUCCAAGUGUGGGAUCUAGGCGGACAGACUAGUAUCAGGCCAUAUUGGCGAUGUUACUACGGGAAUACAGAUGCAAUAAUAUAUGUGGUGGACUCUGCAGACAGAGAUCGAAUAGGGAUUUCUAAGGAUGAACUUGUGCAUAUGUUAAGAGAGGAGGAAUUGUCUAAUGCAAUCCUGGUGGUGCUGGCCAACAAGCAGGACAUGGCAGGCUGUCUGACGGUGGCAGAGGUGCACCAGGCGCUGGGGCUGGACGCGCUGCGAGACCGUACCUUCCAAAUCUUCAAAACUUCCGCCGUAAGGGGCGAGGGACUCGACCAGGCCAUGGACUGGCUCUCCAACGCACUGCAAGCCCGGAAAUAACAUCAGAUGUAGGGCUACGUUUGAAAAGGACCGCAACACUGGGAUCGGCACGAACUGAAGUGUGAGAAGGACAAAGAUAAUAAGAUAGUCGUCUGUAACGCCAUUAGUUUAGUACUUAGGGUCGCCGUCGCCGGCUCGCACGCACACACACAAACAUCUUUAUAUAGCGAUGGAACUGAGGAAUGACAAAAAUGGUUCUUUUGUCAAAUCUCAAAAUGUAAGAUAUGUGUAAUGAACUUUGAAAAGCUUUGUUCAACGAUUUUGUAUUUAAAUGUUAUAGAAUGAAUUGUCUUGUUUGGUCCUCAGCAGAGAGAUUUGUCAGUUGGAAUGUUAUGAUUAUGAACCUUAGUACCUUAUUAAUAAAGGCUUAUUGAGAGCAUAAUAUUUUUAACUAUUUUCUUAUCAAUAAAAAUAUUUACCAAUUUCUAUAAUAUUCUUGUCACUUUUUUCUUUAUAUUAAAUAAUUUGAGGUAAGGACAAUGCACUAAAUAAAUUACUGAUUAUUUAAUUUUAUUAGGUAUGUUAAAUGUGUUGUUUGCUAUUUUAAGUCGAAUGGACCGAAAGCUAAAAUAGGUAAAAAUAUUAUGCUUUCGAUAACUGAAUUAAUUUUAAUUCUAAAUUACAAAUAUAAAAAUUAAGAUAAUGUGUCAAUAAUUUGACACUUUUUUACACUGAAAAUAUACAUUUUUGUAUACUUGAUGUUGUGAAAUUAAUUUGGCUUUUUGUACAUGAUAUAUAUUCUUAUUUCUGGUAUGCAAUAUUAAUAAAUUUGAAGUUCAAUGAAAAGCUCGCGUUGAAUCUGAUUCAUUAUUUUUGUUUUUUAGAAUUUUUACUAAGAUUUCAAGUCGCUGCUUAUUGAUUUAUAAAAAAUGUUAAAAUAUUUGCUAUUACUACUUCACAUUAGCGUACUCGCUGGAAGUCAUAAUAUAAAAGUAAAUAAAUAAAAUUGCAUUUUGAAAAAUAAUAGAUAUAAAAUAAAGAGCAGGACUCCGCACAAAUUACUGUAGAAAUGUAAUCGAAAUUGACUAAACUAUAUGUAAACAUUUAAAAAGAUUUCUUUGAGCGAAUGGAUAUUAGAACGACAUUGUAAAAAUGAUAAAUAUCAGUUGGUCGAAUUGCGAUUAAAAAUUAUUUGAUACUGUUUUUCUUCCAAUACCAUCUCAUUAUAAUUUGUAGAUAAAAUAAUAAGUUCCAAAUCUCGAUGUUUAAUAUUUAUCACAAUGUAAAUGUUAUGUAUAGUGGCCGGCACAAGUCAUGAGCACAGAUGAACAAUGGUGGAGGCGAGCGAUACGUACAAAUUGAACGAAAGUGUAAUAGCAUGACACGGGUUGGCCAAUAGACAAUGAGUAACAUCAACCAAUCAUGUGAGAUAUUUGCCUGAACGUCGUCAAACCGACCAAUCACGAGCGUGCUCACGACUCGUGCCUCCGUCUGUACCAGUAUUUAGUGUAAUGGCGUGGCGGCGGCUUGGGUGUGCGUGCGAGCGUCUACUAUAAGUUAUAAUUAUAUAUUUUGUAACUGUGAAGUUCACCGAGCUAUUUAUAUUAUAUUGCUGUAAGGAGACAGAUUGUUUCAAAUACAUUAUCAUGUAUUA